AGCCGCCGAAUUCUGUGAAAUCGAACACUCGUGCUUCUCUCGCUCAUCGUCCCCUUGCUCGCGCGCUCCUCUCACCUUUGGCCCUCUGGUUCUGUGCUCUGAAGGAUCCGACAUGAGUGAAGAAGCUGGACCGUGUACAUCUUCCACUGGCAAGGCGGCAGAUGGGGAAAGUAGGGAGGGUGUGGGUGGGGAGGGUGUGACCAGUGAGAGUGAUGAAGAGUACCAGAUUGAUGGCUCUGAGUCUGACGGUGGACCCUCUGAUGAUGAAGGAAAUGAAGCUGAGAGCAGUGACAUCAGUGCGGAAGAGGAGGAAGAGGAGGAAGAGGAAGGAGAGGGUGGAGGCAGCAAUAUUGUCUGUGGACAGUGCGUCAAACUCCGAGAAAUCAAGGAUGGAAAAUACAGGUCUUCCUGCUAG